UUCGACGAGUGGAAGAGAAAAACGGAAAGCUCGAAAGCAGAGUGAUUGUAAAGCUGUAUUUUGCGGAGUAAGGACUAUUUUUGUCACGGCGGAAACCAUCAGCCUUUUAAUAUCUCCAGUUCUUGACCUGUUACGCUGAUACGGUCUGACUUUCUGCGUGAAGACAAGCCAACUACUGACCACUACUGUCAGGGACCCACACAGCUGAACAUUUAAAUCAAAUACUGGAUACUACAAUAAGAUGGCAUCGACCGGGAGUGAGACCAGUUCAGAGAUCUCACUGCGCAAGUGUCCUCUCUGCAAGUUCACCACAAUGGACCAACAGCAGCUGGAGUCCCACAUGUUCACACAUGUCAACACCAACCUCAUGGUUUGCGAUAAGUGCGGAUACAGAGCACUGAACAAUAGCACGAUGGCAAAGCACAUGAGGACUCACACUGGUGAGAGACCACCUCGGACUGCGACGGACAGUUUAAAACUCGUUGUGGCUACCUCGAGGUGUCCCAUCUGCCACUAUGCCACAACAAACAAAAAGCUGCUUGAAUCCCACAUGUUCACACACACGUAUCCAAUUAUUUGUGAACAUUGUGGCUUCGAGGCGAUUUGCGAAAGCACGAUGGAAAAACAUAUAAUGACUCACAUUGGUGAGGAACCAUUUGUGGAAGCGGCCAGCAAUGAGCCUAGUAGUAGUACAGAGAUGUCCCUACACAGUUGUUCCCAAUGUGAAUUCACCACAACAGACCAAGAAGAGCUGGAGUCCCAUAGGGCCAUACACGUGAGUUACACAGGUGAGCCCUUCAUGUGUGGGGAGUGCAUGUACCGGACAGACUGCAUGCACUCACUGCAGAUGCACAUGAACACUCAUAUAAACGAGGGGUGCGAACCUGCGUGUGAGCACAGUCAGAACAGGCCCAGCCAAGAGAACAUGGCCGCCAAUAGCGACUCCUCUUGGGACAACGUGGCCACCAACACUGAGCCCAGCCAACACAAGAUCGUUGUCAAAAGUGAGCCCAGUCAACACAACAUGGCCACCAACAGUGAGCCUCAGCCUGACAAGAUGGCCAUCAAAAGUGAGCCCACUGAAGUCAACAUGGCCACCUACAGUGGGCCAAGUCAGGAUGACAUGGCCAUCAAAAGUGAGCCCAGUCAGGACAGUCUUAUGGAAACCCACACAGAUGAUGUUUGUGAGAACUCCAACAACAGUGAGCAGGACAAUAGUGACGUGAAUGUUGUGACUUUGAAACCUUUCAAAUGUGAAGAAUGCGACUUCAGCACUUAUGUCGAACAUGGACUAAGGAAACAUAUGGUAUGUCACACGUUGCCCUUCAUGUGUGGGGUGUGCGGCCACAGGGCAUCUUCCAAGCACCAGGUGGAUGCGCACAUGAGGACUCACACCGGCGAGAAACCGUUCAUGUGUGAGAAGUGUGGCUACAACGCGGCCGACAAGAGACGCCUCGCAAAACACAUGAAGAUCCACACAGGCGGAAACUUUGCGUGCGAAAAAUGCGAAUACACCACGACUCUUCCGGGUGACUUCAACCAGCAUCUUAGGACCCACAGAAAUGUGAAAUCACUUAAGUGCAAGGAAUGUGGUUUUAAGACGUCGCAGGAGGGCGCAUUGGCAAGGCACAUGAGGAUUCACGAUGGCGAGAAGUGCCGCGGUGUCAAGCCGUACCCCUGCCCCGAAUGUGGCUACCGAACAACUAGCAAGACCGACUUGGAUAGCCACUUGAAGACCCAUGCAGCAGAGAAACCGUUGUUUAUGUGUGGAUUGUGCGGCUUGAAAAUACUCAAUAAGGGCGCAAUGGCCAGACAUAUGAAGAUCCAUGUGUGAGUAAUGUAGAUUAGAGCUGUGUAACUAAACGUACCAUCAGGUACAGGUACAGGGAGAGAGGUUUAGGUACAGAACAAAACUCACCACCUGAAACAUCAGUUGUGUAUUAUACUUUAUAGUCAGUUGUCCUCAGGAGUUACUAAGUACUUUGUCACAUUUGGUGUACCCGGUAAUAUGAUGCCAUGAGGUUAGGCGAUGAAAACUAUAUCAAACAUUUCAAUUUCAGAGAUACUGUAAAUGCAGAAAUGUUCACGGUUCAGUGACCACUUCACUGGGAACUUAAAUCCACCGUGAACAUUUUUCUAUUAUGGUAUUAGUCUGCAGUGUAUGGUGUUACUGCGAAAUUAAAACCGCCGUGAAAAGUCCAUUUUCCCGCUACCGCGAAAUUAAAUCCCCGCGAACUUAAAUACAUUUUAAUUAAAGUAUCUCUGAUUUCAAUUUUUUUUAACAUCUUUUCUGGUGCUCAAGUUUCGUCUUUGUGGUUCGUCUUAUGAAUGUUUAGUCACGAAAUAAGCAUAUACUUGUAUAAGUGUAAAUUUCUAUAUCGACACAAUACUGGUACUUCAUUAUCAUUUCUUUUGGACCCAGGGUUGUAGCUAGUGCAUUUUAGCGUAGUGGGCCACUACGCUAAAAUUUGUGACCCCUACGCUAAAAUAAGGGCCACUACGCUAAUUUUUAACUAGUGUAGUGGUGCUUUGCUGUCAUUUGCUUGUUCAACAAUGACUAAU